GGAGCUUACGGGAGACUUGAGGGUAUAAAAUGAAGGAACUACAAGUCACCGGGAAACAUUCCUCUGCAGGAAUAGUCCUACUCCACUCCACAGAAGCCUCGGCCCCUCUCAUGCUUUAGCCGGUGAUAUCUCCGAGAGGUAUCACUGUGGGUUUCACUUCGUCCCAACUCCAACUUGACUCAGGCGGCUGCCGGGGAGAGACGGGACCAUGGCAGGGGACGGUUCCGACCAGCGAGCGCUCCAGUAUGAACAAACUCUGAUGUAUGGGCGCUACACCCAGGAGCUCGGGGUGUACGCCAAAGAAGAAGCAGCUCGGCUGAGGGAGAGCGGCCAGCGUCGAUCGCUCAGUGAUCGGAGCCGAAACUUGGACCUGCUGGAAUACGACAAGGGUCGCUGUGCCAAGUGUCGCAGGUCGGGCUACCCUUAUGUUCUGGAAGCCCCAGCCCAGGACUUUAUUUCUGUCUGCACGGUCCGCUGUCAGAAGUUCCUGAUCUCUCGGGUUGGGGAGGACUGGAUCUUCCUCAUCAUGCUGGGACUCCUCAUGGCUCUGGUCAGCUGGGUGGUGGACUUCUGCAUCGCCAUCUGCCUACAAGCACAGAAGUGGAUGUACGGGGGUCUGGACAGCAACGUCUUCCUGCAGUAUCUGGCCUGGGUCACUUACCCUGUUGUUCUCAUCACCUUCUCAGCUGGCUUCACCCAGAUCCUUGCCCCGCAGGCUGUCGGUUCAGGUAUUCCGGAAAUGAAGACCAUCCUGCGAGGAGUCGUGCUGAAGGAGUACCUCACCUUUAAGACCUUUGUGGCGAAAGUCAUCGGCCUCACCUGCGCACUGGGCAGUGGCAUGCCCCUGGGAAAGGAGGGUCCUUUCGUACACAUCGCAAGUCUUUGUGCUGCUUUACUGAGCAAGUUCAUGUCACUGUUUGGAGGGAUCUACGAGGAAGCCAGUCUGAUAGGGCUGAAGAACGAGUCCCGAAAUAUUGAGAUGCUGGCAGCUGCCUGUGCCGUGGGAGUGGGCUGCUGUUUUGCUGCCCCCAUCGGAGGUGUGUUGUUCAGCAUCGAAGUAACGUCCACGUUCUUUGCGGUGAGAAACUACUGGCGAGGAUUUUUUGCAGCAACCUUCAGUGCCUUCAUCUUCCGAGUACUUGCUGUGUGGAAUAAAGACGAAGAAACCAUCACAGCCCUUUUUAAGACGCGCUUCCGCCUCGACUUCCCAUUUGACCUCCAAGAGCUUCCUGCGUUUGCAGUCAUUGGAAUCGCCAGUGGCUUUGGAGGGGCAUUGUUUGUUUACCUAAACCGACUGAUUGUCCAAUUCAUCAGGAAACAGAAGGCCAUCAACCGAUUCCUCAUGAAGAAACGUCUGCUAUAUCCAGCGCUGGUAACUCUACUUGUUUCCACGCUCACGUUCCCUCCAGGCUUCGGGCAGUUUAUGGCUGGCAAGCUGACUCAAAAAGAGUCUCUGGUGACGCUGCUGGACAACCGGACCUGGGCCAAGCAAGGUAUCGCUGAAGAGUUUAACUACCUGCACAACUCGCAGGCCUGGCAACACCCACAAGUCAACGUCUUCGUGACACUAGUCCUCUUCAUAGUCAUGAAGUUCUGGAUGUCUGCGCUGGCCACGACCAUCCCUGUGCCCUGUGGUGCCUUCAUGCCAGUAUUUGUCAUUGGGGCAGCGUUUGGUCGUUUGGUCGGCGAGAGCAUGGCAGCCUGGUUUCCAGAUGGCAUUAACACAGAUGGCACCAUCUAUCCCAUCGUGCCAGGAGGCUACGCAGUCGUGGGUGCGGCUGCCUUGUCAGGAGCGGUCACACACACCGUGUCCACUGCUGUCAUCGUGUUCGAGCUGACGGGUCAGAUCUCCCACAUCCUGCCGGUGAUGAUCGCCGUGAUCCUGGCCAACGCUGUGGCCCAGUCCCUGCAACCUUCUCUUUACGACUCCAUCAUCCGCAUCAAGAAGCUGCCGUACCUGCCGGAGCUGGGAUGGGGUCACCACGAGAAGUACAACAUUCGCGUGGAGGACAUCAUGGUCAGAGGCGUCCGCUACAUCACACUUAACUGCUGCUACAGAGAUCUGCACAACGUCCUACAGACGGGCCACCUCAAGACUCUGGCGCUGGUGGAGUCAGCUGAGUCCAUGAUCUUGUUGGGCUCCAUCGAGCGUGCACAGCUCCAGUCGCUGCUCUCACAGCAGCUGGGUCACGCUCGGCGUAUGGAGUACGUCCGGGAGCGAGCCGCUGCAGACAAGAAACGGCUGUCAAUCGUGUCCAACAGUGACAACGGCAGCCAACGUGCCAGUCAGGAAGUCCGCUUCCAGAUCUCAACUGAGGAGUCAUCGUUCAGUCCUACUCGCUCAGUUUCUCCGAAACCCCUCAAACCUGCUCUGAAGAGACCGUCAGUGGUGGAUCGACCCACAGAGAUGCCCACCAGCCCUCAGGAUCAUUCAGGCAUCGCAUUGAAGAACCUGUUUUGUGCCAGUCCGGAUACUGAAGCCCUGGAGAAAAACAACAACAUGGACACUCUUGCUCUUCCCGAGCAAAGGAGACCGUCCAAGCGAGUCCGGAUAUCCGUCGUGGAGCCCCCACCCACCUUUAGGAGUUUCUCAGGGGAUGACGGCGACGUGGAGGACGACAUGACCAUCGGAGAGAUUGCUGAGUGGGAGGAGAGGCAGCUGGAUGAGCAGGUCAACUUCAACAACUGUAAGAUCGACCCGGCGCCGUUCCAGCUGGUGGAACGCACGUCGCUUCAUAAGACUCACACCAUCUUCUCCCUGCUGGGCCUGGACCACGCCUACGUCACCAGCAUCGGGCGCCUCAUCGGGGUGGUGUCCCUCAAAGAGCUUCGUAAGGCCAUCGAAGGUUCUGUCACAGUGAAAGGUGUGAAGGUGCGCCCCCCUCUGGCCAGCUUCCGGGACAGCGGCACGAGCAGCAGCGAGAACGAAGCCACCGAACUCCACAAGCUGUGGGAUCGCCACAAAAGCAUGUCCCUGCCCCGCGAACACACCCCCUCCGAGUCGGACGAGAAGUCCCAAUGAGAUCAAGCCUUGGAGGGGUGGAUGAAGUGGAGGAGGCGGAGGCCGCGAGGGAUUCAAUCUCACAAAGCUGCAAACAUGCAAAAAUCCUCAGGGCUCAGGAUCAAUAUUUAAUUCUGGAAAGAGUUUGUGUCUCUCUCUAUCUUCUCCACCUCCGGCACCGUCUUCCUCUCCGACGCUCGCACUGACAAAGCCAGACACUCUGCAGGGAACCCAACUCAACCUGUGCCCUGCUCUCCAUUUACCCUCGGGAACCCACAGUAGAGAGGAUGUGGACUUGUGGUAAAAGAUGAGACACGAGUUGACGGAUCAAAACACCAGUUGAAAAAGGGAUUUCUUUCUUUUUCUUUUUUUAUUGAGACUUUGGAUAUUUGAAGUUAAGUCUUCUGCGCACAGAAGAAAUCUUCAAUGAUGAGAAAGAUCUGUGUGUGUGUGUUCGUGUGUGUUAACAAGAAUGAAUGUGUUUUAAUGUGGGAGGCAACAAUCAGUCAUCUCUAUUGUGAUGUCCUAAAAAACAUUUCACUCCUCUUUUAUAGUUGAAAUAAUCUUGAAUAUUAUUGUACUGCGAUUCUCCAGGAGAGGGCGCUGCUUUUUUUUUCAGUAGAAGUUAGAAAAAUAUGUAACAUUUAUGAUGAUUGAUAUCGAUUAUGUUCUAAUCUUUUAAUGCCGUUUAAUCUCUGCUUUUUACUCUUCAAUGAGCAAGUCACUGGAGACGAGGGCCACCGAUAAAACCGUCCCGCACACAAGCUGGCGCGGCGCGAGCUGAAGCUGAGGAGGUCAAUAUAACAGGGUCAGUUACAGUAGUGACUCUGAGUGAAUCAACACAAUGAGCCCGCAGGCAAGGUUACACCCUUGUUUUGUAACACAGUGUCGUCUGACAGCGCACACUUGGACUAAUGACAAUGACUGCUCUCUCCCAGUUUGACGUCCAGCCGGCUUUUUAGUGAUUUUUUUUUUUUGCAGUUAAUUGGAAAUUAGCAUUCAUUGGUAUCGCUCAAAAGCCUUUUUUUUGAGGAGACUCAUUGAAUGAUGCUUGCCUUUCAAUUUGACGAGUCUACAGCUAAAAUAUCACAGCAUCCAUAAUUGCUAUGGAUACAUUGAUCCAUAAUGAAAUAUAACAAUACUUAAAUAUAAUAUAAUAAAUGUAUGCUUUUUUAUGUUUCCUAACUUCCUAUUCCCUGCCUCUUGUGGUGAUGUGCUAAGGAAGCGUCAUGAAGCGGUGACCUGUUCACUCGGUCUUGCUCUCUGUAUUAAAAUGAUAAAGUUAUUGAAAGCCAGCGGUGAUAGAAAAAAGACUGCUGUGUAUGGGGCUCCAAGAAUGAGGACACUGUUUCAUGAAGCUUCGUGAGACAUAGUCCUUAUCAGGGCCCACUAGAUGGUCCUGUCUGCCAUAUAAUUUUUCCAUUUACCCAAGAGCGCCAUCUACUGGGCACUGAAAAUGAGGACUCUGUUUCAUGAAGCUUCACUCGCUCAUGACUAUUGUGAACUAUGGUUGAGGGACCCCAAGAGGAUUCCAGGUUCUGCUACAACUGUGCUCAGUCCUCUAAGUGGGAGUGUCCACUUCCUCAGUAGGACCUCAUAGACAAGCAGAUAGAGAGCAAUCGACUACUGUGUGCUGUGUACUGGCUUAGUAUAUUCUCACUAGCUUCCCUUCCCCGUGCCCCUCUUUCUCGUCUGUUGUGCUCUCGUGAUGCAAGUUGUCUUCCGAUACACCAAGAAGCUUUUGGGGAUGGAUUCCACAUGAGAACCAAAGCCAUAUAUUGGCCAUUGUUGUAUUGUAAUCCCUGUGUGAUAUAGGUUUGACUGCAGCCGCUCACACUACACUCCAGCGUCCGUCUAACUUUGCCCCUAUAGUCGGUGGAAGAGACAGGAACGAAACACCGUGUCAGUUAAAUUACACUCCAGGAAUUGAAGCUGUUAUUCACUAAUCCAUCUCUGCUAUUGAGACCUGGUGAGCAGGCUCUCGAAUAGUCUUCCUUUAUUGCUUCAGUCUUCCUUUUUUUUUUUUUUCCAUCCCGACGUGGGCUGCUGAAGUGAAGCCUCGCUCCUGUGUUUUUUGGCAAUGAAUGGCUGCCCACUUCCGCCCACAGCGCCGAUGCCUUAAAUAGCCACUCAAGCUUAACCUCAGCGUUUGAAGCGCGGCAUGUUUUUUGUUAUUUUUGCUCUCAUGAGUCAAAAGUAAACAGCAUGGCUUUGCAUGAGAGCGCAUGCGUGGUUGUAGAGGGAACCAUGAAAAUGUACCAAACGCUUCAGACUUAAAAUACCCAGCGAAUGAUGUCACGGUGACGUGUCAGCCACUCUGUGCCUGUAAAUAUUUGUAGUCGAAGCAGACGGCGGUCUUAAAAUGGGAGGUAGCGAUUAGGUAAUAAUAUAUUUAACUCAAUGUCUGUGAUGUCUGAAUCAUAAUUUAAUGUCUGAACCGAUCCGUCGACUGUUUCUAAGAGAUUUGAACUUGAUUUUUUUAUAUGCAUUUUUUACUGCUAUUGAUGAUUUAAUGAUUGUUCUGUGUUUUAUUUUUAACCUCUUGAACUGCUGUCUAAAACAUUUCAUUCCUGACUGAGAACCUUCAAGGAGACAUAUCAUCUUGUGGAGAGAGUUAUGGGCGGUGGAAUACUUUUGAAGAGACCAGCACGUGGCGUUCAUUCCACAAGUGCUUGCAUGGAGCGACGCCGUACAAAUGUUUGCCGGGUCAUGAGUCAAUCGUUGUGGCAGGUAAACAGGUGGAUGACGAACGCCAUGUGCUGCAGUUACCAUAGCAACCAUCUCCUCCGGUACAGUUUCAUUCUCUCCUCACAAGUCUUCCUCCGCUCAACUGCAUGUUUGUCAGUCGCUAUUAAUCCAGCUGUUUCUUUGUUUGGUUCCAUCGAUUCGUGCAAUAACGGUCCUUCAUCUCACUUCGUAACUUUUAGUUCAUGAACGCAAGAUAACAUUAUUUUUGUAAAGAAAGCUGAAAAGUGUAAAAAAGAAUUGUUUGUAUAUGAGGAAAAUCGACGCACGUGACUUGGUCAUGUUGAGACGGAGAUCAUGGCUGCAUGGAUUGUCUCUUCUCUGAGGGUGUGAUUCAAGCAGCUCUCUGCUUCUGAGGGUCACGUCGUAUCCGCUUCUUUAGGUGACUCCUUCUUGUACAUAGAGCAGAGCGGGCAGAAAUCCUGAGCUAUUUUUCAAACUGAAAAAUGACACUUUGUUUUGUAUAUCA